AAAUCAACCCUAAACUCUUUUUAUCUCCGCUCUAAAGGCAAGUUCGAAUUUGGUUUCGGGAUCUGAACGUUAUUGCCGACUUUAGGGAUUUUCAGCUUCAGUUCAUUUUAUGUAAAUCACAUAUUGAUAUUGGAAUAGAAAUCGAGUUUGUUGUUAAAUUUAUUGCAUGUAAGAAGCUCAAUCAAAUUGAGCUCUCAGAUUGUGAAAUAUAUGCCUCCUGUGAACCCUGCCCAAUGUGCUUUGGUGCCAUCCAUCUCGCGAGAAUCAAGAUAUUGGUUUAUGGAGCCAAAGCCGAGCAGCCAUAGCAAUUGGGUUUGAUGUAUUGGAAGAAAGCACACAGUUUUGCAAACUAAUCUUCAAUGUGAUCCAAAGUACUUGAUCAAUCUGAUGUGCUCGUGGAUACAAGAUUAUAUGCAUUUGUAGAGUUGAACAUAUUGAUGCUCGGAUGCAGUCCAUUGUAAAGAAGAGUAGCGCUUGAUUGCUGACCAUGAUGUAUUUGCAGCAUUAAUUAAAAGUCAAGAUUUAAG